GUUUACUUUUAUUUAACAUUUACUAUAUUUCAUUAAAUUGUCAUUUAAUUUGGUUUAAUUAUAAUAACAUUUUAUUAAAUUGUGAUACAAUUAACUCAACAAAUCCUAACCACAAAUGAGCGCAAAUGCCAAACAAUUGUUUUACUUCUGUUUUGGAUCUAAUCUGUGGUCAAAGCGAAUGCAUAUCAACGUCAAGAGUGCCGUCAAGUAUGGCAACGGAUUGCUAAAG